AGUGACGUGAGAUUGGUGCGCUGUCGCCGGUGCUAAUAUUAUAAAAUUAGAGCUAAGCAACAAGAAUUAUAUUCACAAAUUAUAUUAAUAUGUAUGAACUCUGCGUUUCCUCUAGCUGUUUAUUUGGAUUCAAACACUUGGGCGGUCUGAGAGAACUGGCGAGUAGGUUGAACUGUUCAGAAUGGUAACUGUACGAUGGGGAAAUGGUACAACUUUACCGCCUCUGAGGAAGAAACAUUUCGUCAUCGUCAACUUGACAUUUCCGCUUGAAUAAAGCUGUUGCCGCAGCUUGCUGGGGAAGAACGAAAUCUAACGUUGUAAUUGCAGUGUUUCUUGGGAAUUUGAGCUGUUUUAGAAGAGCAGAGAUGCUGAAUGUGCCCUCGCAGUCAUUCCCCGCAGUGAGCUCUCAGCAGCGAGUCGCUCCGGCCGGCCAGCCCAGGAACAAGGUAGCCCUGAAGCCGGGUCACAGUCUUAUGGACUGGAUCCGGCUCACCAAAAGCGGCCAUGACCUGACUGGACUGAAGGGGAGAUUGAUCGAGGUAACAGAAGAGGAACUAAAGAAACACAACACUAGAAAUGACUGUUGGACAUGUAUAAGAGGUAUGGUGUAUAAUGUGAGUGCAUACAUGGAUUUCCACCCUGGUGGGGAGGAGGAGCUGAUGAAGGCAGCUGGUAUUGAUGGUACUGACCUGUUUGACCAGGUGCACCGUUGGGUGAAUUAUGAGUCCAUGUUGAAAGAGUGCCUGGUCGGCAGGAUGGUGGUAAAAGCCAGCACAGUCAUUAAAGCAAAGCCAUCGAAACCUGAGAACAGUCUUCUGAAUGGUCUUGCUCCUCCUGCUACUUUGUUGUUGGAUUCAGCAGCAGCAGCCCCAGCGCCAAAAGACAAUCACCCUCGAUAUGACUGGUUCCAGACAGAGGAAACUGUUAAUAUUGUUAUUUACACCAAGCGUAAGAUUCCGAGAUCUGGCUGUUCAGUAGUGGACCAUCAAGGAAACAUUCUGCGGAUAGAGGUGCUUUUAGGACACUGGUCAUAUCUACUUCACUGGAGUCUUUCUCAUGAAGUAGAAGAAAAUGUUAUAGUUCAGACAGUGAGUUCGGUCGGGAAGGUCGAGGUGUGUUUGCACAAAGUGCUCAAAGCCAAGUGGGCACAACUGGGUCAACCCCUAGAAUCCCAUGAUUCAUUUAUUCAGAGUAAACACCGCGGGCUGUUCUACAGAGACUGUGUAUUGGUUUCAAAGAAAGACGUUACACAUGACACGCAGCUCUACUGUUUCCGGUUACCUCCUGGAGCACAAAUGCAAAUCCCUGUGGGGAGACAUGUCUACCUCAAAGCGUCCUUUCAGGGCAGUGAAGUUGUAAAACCCUACACACCAGUAGACCAGGUGCUCAUGCCCCAGAUUCACUCCAGCAACACGCUGAGCUCUGAAAUCUAUCUGAUGAUUAAGAUCUAUCCUGAUGGAGCAUUCACACAACAUUUGGACAACCUUGACAUCGGAGCCACUGUGGCCGUGAGUGGUCCAGAGGGUCCCUUUACACUCAGGAGUCUGCGUGAUGUCACUCAUUUGUACCUCUUAGCUGCUGGCACUGGUUUCACACCCAUGGCUCGCCUCCUCUGCCUUGCCUUACAGGACCUGCCUUCUGUCAGAAAGACCAAGCUGAUGUUCUUCAAUCGUCAAGAGAGGGACAUUCUGUGGUACUCUCAGCUAGAGCAGCUGUGUGCAGAGGAAGAGAGAUUUCAGGUUGAACACAUUCUCUCAGAGGCUGCAGACUCAUGGACAGGCAAAAGAGGACGAAUCAAUGCCACGAUGCUGCAGGCAUUCCUGGAAAGACCAGGAGACUCCAAGUGCUUAGUGUGUGUGUGUGGGCCAACUGGUUUCACUGAGCUGGCAGUGCAGCUGGUCAAGAAGCAGGGACUCAGUGAAAAGGACAUUCACAUUUUCAAGAGUUGAGCCCUAAAACUGAGUACUAGAGAUUUCUAUGCAUCACAGACUGCAACGACCUUUAGUAACUCCCAAUGAUUGAUUUGAGGUUACUAUUCAGUAAAUAGCAAUGCCCUUCUCUUACAUAUAUGAUCAUCUGGAAAUCCUAUGCACUUCUUUCAUCUCAUCAUUUCCGGGUCACCUGUCCUUCUGUCAUGGGCUGCUUUUAUUUAACAUAUAAAUUUGGAAGGAAUUUGCUGUCUGCAGUUGUGGGAUAUAGCACUGCCAAUGUAAAUUCAAAUUGUAUCCAUCAAAUGCAUUUUGGUUCUAUUUUGUUAUAUGGCAUGGUCAUUUUCUCUUAUUACAAAAUUUAUAUAUGACCCAAUCAGCUAAACCAUGCAGCCAGGGAAUGCUAAUUGUAAAUGUAAAUGAGUCUGUUUAGAUUUUCACUUGAAAAGUUAACUGUGUAGAUUCACUCCACAGCCCUCGAUUGGUGAGCUGAACUGAAACUAAAGAGCUCAUUUUGAAAAUAGUGCCCUGGUUUGAGUAUUUAUGGCUUCUGUAUAGUUUGGACUUAUUUAGCAAUUUAUUAUUAUUUAUUAUUUGAACUUGAACACACCGUUGUACCAGAAAAGGUCUAACUGUUUCCCAGAUCUUGAGAGUGAAACUGGAUUUAGAGAUGCUGGUAUAUUUGUUAGACAGUUUUAAAUGCAGGUAGCAUUAAACACUGAAGUGGUAGGAGCACCAAGGCAGGGACAACAAAUGUCAGCAUUUUGUGAUUUUCUUUUGUUUGUCGUCUAGAGCAGUGUUUCCCAACCGGGGUGCCAUCUGAUGAGAGCAGGGGUGCCGUGUAAAAAUCCUUCAAACAUUUCUAAAAUGCCAAAAUGUGUAUAAAACAUUUAAUAUAUAUGAUAACUAUCCGAUGUCUGAAAUAAUAACACAGACACAGAAAUAAUAAGACAGACACACACACAUGAUGAUGAUGAUGAUGAUAAUAAUAAUAAUAAUAAAAAAUUAUACCUAAAAAUAAUAAUAAUUUCCCCCCCCAGACCCCCCUCGCUGACCUGUCAGCAGUGCGUCAGCAUCAGUCUGUGUAACGUAUGCGUGGGUUUUAUCCUAAUAAUUAGCAUGUGACGGUGUGUGUGUGUAGUGCAAAAGAGUAUGGACAUAUUUUUUUUAAAAGAAAUGCUCCAGAUGCUUCUGGACCCUCAGCUUCAUCCUCAUGUAGCUAACGCUGUCUAGCAUUAGUAUUUGUGUAGGGUGCCACAAUAUAUAUAUUUUUUUAAUUUUCAAAGGGUGCUGUGGCUGAAAAAAGGUUGGGAAACGCUGGUCUAAAGGACUGACUCAUGCUUGCCUCACUAGUCUUAAGUGAGUCUCCAGAUUAGUCUCGUAUCAAGCCAGUGAGCCAGGAAUAUAAACAUCUCUCUGAUCCAGCAGGGCUCUAGAGUUGGUGCAAGGAAUAUGGAAUUGUAAACAAAAUGAAUAAAAUGUACAAAAAUUCACAAUAAAAUUAUACAACACUGAAAUAUUGUGACUUGUUUGUUU